AUGAAGUUGAUGAGUGACUAUGAGGUCACAUUGGUCAACGAUAACACUCCAUUUGCCGGCGGGAUCUGGAAAGUACAUGUUGAGUUGCCGGACCAAUACCCAUACAAGAGCCCGAGCAUCGGCUUCGUUAACCGAAUCUACCACCCAAACAUCGAUGAACUGUCUGGGUCCGUUUGUCUGGACGUUAUCAACCAAACCUGGUCCCCCAUGUACGACAUGAUCAACAUAUUCGAGGUCUUCCUCCCACAGUUACUUCGAUAUCCCAACCCGUCAGACCCGCUAAAUGGCGAUGCUGCCGCGGUCCUUUUGCGUGAUCCCAAGAAAUACGACGCCAAAGUUAGGGAAUACGUCACCAAGUAUGCCAGCAAAGACGCUGCAGACGAUGGUGGUGAAGAUACCGAGGACGAUGGCGAGAUGAGUUCUGUGGGUAGCUACGAGUCUGGUGGUGAAGAGCCGGCUGGUGAGAUGGAUGAUGUCUAA